AUGGCCGCUACCGCAAACCCCCAAGAGCCCGUCCCUCUCGACACGAUUCCGAUCUCACCUGAGGGCGGAAACAUGAAUGGCACAAAGGAAGGAGAGGAGGGCAAGGUCCCUUACAAUGACAGCGAUCCGGUUACCGUCUUCCACGACCCCAACAACUUCAACGUCAAGCACCCGCUUAUGAACGCGUGGACUCUCUGGUUCACCAAGCCGCCGAGCGGCAAGGGUGACAACUGGAACGAGCUGCUGAAGGAGGUCAUUUCCUUUGACUCUGUCGAGGAGUUUUGGGGUAUCUACAACAACAUCACUCCGACCUCGCAGCUGGCCCUCAAGUCCGACUACCAUCUCUUCAAGAAGGGCGUCCGUCCCGAGUGGGAGGACCCUCAGAACAAGCAUGGUGGCAAGUGGUCUUUCUCCUUCCGCGACAAGAAGCUCAUCGAUAUCGACUCGCUGUGGCUCCACGUCAUGCUGGCCGCCAUCGGCGAGACACUGGAAGACGAGGGUGACGGUGAGGUGAUGGGCGUCGUUGUCAACGUCCGUAAGGGCUUCUACCGUAUCGGCCUGUGGACGCGCACCGUCGGCAAGCCGUUCCCUGGCGGCGGCGACGGUAACAACGCCGGCGGCAAGGGCAGGAGCUUCGAGCAGGGCAAGGACGUCCUGAUGAAGAUUGGCGCGCGCUUCAAGGAGGCGCUGACGCUGAAGGAGAACGACCAGGUUGAGUUCUCGGGUCACACCGACAGCGCGCACUCCGGUAGCACCAGGGCGAAGGCCAAGUUUGUCGUGUAA